AUGGAGGACAACGGAGGGUCUCCAUGGCGGUUCAAGGGAAACGAGAUGCUUACACGGGCCUCAGCAUUUACUAUCAGAGGAGUGCUAAACAAACUCACGGAGAAUCUCGACCCGAACGAAACCCGACCCAUAAUACAAUUGGGACAAGGCGACCCAUCCUCCUGCCCUUCCUUCCACACCGCCCCUUUAGCUGAAGACGCCAUCUGCGCCGCCUUGCGCUCCGCCAAGUUCAACGGCUACUCCCCCACCGCCGGUAUUCUGCCGGCUCGCAGGGCAGUAGCAGAAUACCUUUCAAAGGACCUUCCAUACAAGUUGUCGCCAGAUGAUGUGUUCGUGACAGUUGGUUGCACCCAAGCACUAGAGACCAUUAUAACUGUCCUUGCACGCCCGGGUGCUAACAUUUUGCUUCCAAAGCCUGGCUUUCCUUACUACGAAGCUAGAGCCAGUUUUUCUCAACUUGAAGCCAGGCACUUUAAUCUUCUUCCUGAAAAAAAUUGGGAAGUUGAUUUAGAUGGAGUUGAAGCUUUAGCAGAUGAGAAUACAGUUGCCAUGGUAGUUAUCAAUCCAGGGAAUCCAUGUGGGAAUGUGUGCAGUUACAAUCACUUAAAGAAGAUUGCAGAGAUAGCAAGAAAGCUCGGAAUUUUUGUGAUUGCUGAUGAAGUUUAUAAUCAUCUGUCCUUUGGAAGCAGACCAUUUGUUCCUAUGGGAGUAUUUGGAUCAAUUGUUCCAGUUGUGACCAUUGGAUCAAUAUCCAAGAGAUGGGUUGUGCCUGGUUGGAGACUUGGCUGGCUUGUCAUGAAUGAUCCACAUGGGAUCCUUAUGAAGCAAGGGAUUGCGGAUAGCAUCAAGGGCUAUUUGAACAUUACCUCUGACCCAGCUACCUUUAUUCAGGGGGCAAUCCCACAUAUCCUUGAGAAUACCCCGAGUGAGUACCAUCUGAAAAUAAUUAAUGUACUAAGAGAAUCUGCAGAUAUAUGCUACAACCAGAUCAAAGAAAUCCCCUGCAUGACUUGCCCCAGCAAACCCGAGGGAUCUAUGUUUGUUAUGGUAAAGCUUAAUCUGCCCCUCUUUGAAGAUAUUAAGGAUGAUGUAGACUUUUGCUGCAAGCUAGCCAAGGAGGAAUCUGUGUUAGUUCUCCCAGGGGUUGCUGUAGGAUUAAAGAAUUGGGUCCGAGUGACAUUUGCCAGCGAGCCAUCAUCCCUCGAUGAUGGCCUAGAAAGAAUGAAAGCUUUCUGUAAGAGGCACAUGAAGAAACAAUAA